CAUUAAUAUGCGUGUACAUAUGUAGGUAGAUAAGUACUGUACAUACUAAUAUUCUUCGUACUGUACAAUCCCGGGUACAGGGUCACUACAGGGUACCUACCCGUAUAUGUUAGGGCGUGGUUGCCCGGUGCCGUUGAUUGUUCGGCGGCAGUAGCUGCUUGGUGCUUGGAGCGAAUCUGGACGUCAUCUGAGGAGCCUUCCACUCAAGGGAAACUUCUGCCUUUGUCCCAUAAGUCAUUCAACAACUUCCUCAAAUACUUUUAAUGCAACCCGCAUUCGUGGUUUGGUAAAAAAGCACAGCAAAAAGUACCUUCAUGCUCACUCACAUUCCCUUUUAGGAUAAGGACCCCGAAAACUAGUGCUUCAUCCUCUAUAACAAACUUGCAUCAAACGUUUAACCCCAGUUGCUAGGACUUGUUGUGAUCUCACUUCUCUGAUUUCACUUUUACUCAGCUCAUCCCCCCGGCACUGCUACAUAUUGUUGGAUCUACUCUCCGACCAGUCGACCAGUCCGCCACGACCCAAAUAUCCCACGAUCGGCGCAUCUCCCCCUUACGUGUCACUUGACUUCCCUGCGACGCGUUUCCAUGAUCGAUGCGACUUGAUGAGCCAUUAUUACGGUAUUAACAUCCGCCAUUGGCACCAUGGCCGUAGACGAGGAGGCCAGUCUCUGGCCUACUGAUAACCUGCUUCUUAAAGAAGGUCGCAAGCACUAUCGCACCAGUGUCUCGCCAAUUCAUUGGCAGCUCCGAUCAUUGGUCAGUGCUGAGCAGCAGGGCGUCAUCUACUUCCCGGCUGGUGUCAACAAUACCCAUAUCCAACGGCUCGAUACUUCUACCCGCGAAUGCGAAACUAUUAAAGUCAUCAGCUUCCACCCCCGCUGUCUGGUUGCUAGUAAGGGCUGGAUCUGCUGUGGAGGCGAAAAUGGAGAGUUCGUGGUCAUACGAGAGUCGGGUAACAGCGAUGCACAGGCCGAUACCCUCAGCAGAGACGUUCGCUCCAGACUAACUUCGCUUGAGUCCUCCAGCAUGACUGAUGGCACCAUGUACCAGCUUGAACGCGACAUGCUAUCUGUUGUGGAACGAAUUAAUAGCACCAACAAGACGUGGUCAGCUUCCAGCUAUAAGAUCGGUACCGAACGCGUCAACUGCAUAACCAUCUGGCACCCUCCUAAAGAUGCGGGCGCACCAGCCCCUGGACAAUACGAGUCCCCGGUAGCUGUUGUGGCAAACAACGAUAAGAGCAUUAUCAUCGUAAGCCUCUACGAGCCCGACUUGCACAAAGACGUGUUGGACUAUCCCGAUUGUGUCAACCGCGGCGUGAUCUCCCCUGAUGGAACCAUCUUAGCUGCAGUCUGCGAUGAUGCCUACCUCUACAUACACAUGCGGGAACAAUUUAACAAGAAUUACGAAGGAGUUUCACGGCGAGUUACUAGACAAUCUUCCAGAUGGGUAUCGCUACCGAAAAUACGACUCAAGGGCCAGUGGAAAGAUGACUCUACGGAUUGUCGAGGGAGCUUCGCAGCUUGCUUUUCUUCAUCGGGGAAAUACUUGGCAGUGGGUACCCAAUAUGGCACCAUAUCUAUUUUCAAUGCCGUCAAGCUCAAGGACCCCAACUCGGAACCUUUAAUCGCAUAUUUCAACUCUGCCCGGGCACCUGGGGAAUAUGGUGCUGUUAGAGACAUGGCCUUUUCGCCGGGGCCAUUCGAUCUUUUGGCGUGGUCAGAACAUCGAGGUCGGAUUGGAGUAGCAGAUGCGCGCUCAAACUUCAAACGACGACAUAUCAUCCACCUAGAUAGACAUGAAGGAUUUAAUCAUUUCUCACUUAAUGAUAGUAGUACUAUCGAUCCACGCCUUCUCGACCCGCGCAGCGAGCAUACUACCGAAGGCGAUCGUAAUGCCGAUAACGAGCGCAAUGCUGAAUCAUCCCCGUUAGGGAUGAUGGACCGUUGGAACCGAGCAAUAUCUGAUCGCCGGCCCCUACCAGAUCCGGAAACAUCAGAUCCCACGUCACGAGUCAAUCAGCCUUUCAGCGCAGAUGAGAUCUCGAUCCUGGAAGCCUUCCAAGCUCAGCGUCGUCGACGGGAAUUGCGGGAUCGAGGGGAGCAAUUAGAGCAACAUUUUAUGGAACACCGAAAUCAACGCGCUGCCGAACGGAAUGCAUUGAGAUCUACGGGUUGGGCAGAUCGUCGCGAAGCGCUGACGAGAUUCAUCGAACGGGAACGUAUGCGCGAGAUCCGCGAUCAACAUCGUUCGAGCGCCACGAGCGCCACCCAGGCGGCCCCCGAACCGGAGCGCGAGAGAGGAAGUUCCAUACCGCGAGAUUUGGGUCGAAGUCGCACGUCCAUCAUGCGUACACUAGCCCAGAACUUCGAUACCAUUUCGCAGACUAUGAGGUCGCAGGGCCAGUACAACGAAGCCGGUAACGACAGCUCGGGAGCCUCACGCGAUCCGUGGUAUGUUGGGGGAUCCGGCUCCGGAUGGCCCGACCUCGAGAAUCUGGCCAACAUAAGCGGGUGGACCGGUGGGCUUACCGAUAAUGCUCGGACCGAGACCAACAGGGCCCGUCGCGGCAUCCCGGUCAUUGCCGACGUAUGGGGCAACGACUCGCUCUUUAGCAGGAUCAGAAUGGGCCGCCGCGAGCAUACACAGAACCCAGAUGAUACCGCAGGUUUGACAUGGAGCGAAGAUGGCCAAGUAUUAUAUGUCGCAGCAGAAGACGGAAUAUACGAAUUCCGUGUAAAUAUCUACGGCAGAAAAGUGUUCCCGGAUAUUCAGCUUCGCUAGGCUAUAAAGCUAUGGCAUUCAUCUGUAAGCUAUGAACAGUACCCUUUUUUUUUUCGGCAAUGGGGACCUCGACGGCGUUAGGGGCGGUAUUAUAUACUCAUAUGUGCAUAAGGGAGGGCAAAGGCGUCUUACAUUCUUCACUGGUCCGGACGCGGUGAACCUUGUUGUCUGUUUUGGUUUUGUUUCGUUCUGUUUGCCUUUUUGUUUGCUCGGCUGUUCAGGGCAACCGGCAGUAACCCCCCUUCGAAGGUAAGCGUGGAUAAUUAUGUGUUGCUCGCCUUAUAGUUUCCACGAAAAGUUAGUUUCGUCGUUGGAAUUUUGCAAGAGACGAAGGUGGAAGAAAGAUGUUCGAGAAGGGUGGCUUGAGUUGUAUUCGGCUGGUAAGUCGGCUGGUCGAAGGCUCCGCCAUGACGGACGUUUUUGUUAAUGGAGAGAUGUACAUACAUUAUAUUGCGCUGAUUCCCCUGAUAUUAGAUGUAGCCACAUCGCUGAACCGAAUUGUAUUUGGCAUGUCCUUACUAGGAUUUGA